GUUAAGAUGAUCUGAUGAGAGAAAAAGUGAGACACUGUUCGCUGAAAACUAAUUAAAAAAUUCUUUUGCUCUUUGGUCCUUUUCUUUACUUUUCUAGACAAUUAAAGUAAUUGUUGAGAAAUUGCUGUUUGUGAAUUUCUCUUUAGCUGUUUAAGCCACUGCAAAGGCUAUGACAUACGCAUGACGAGACAGAUGGAACACUUGAGUAGACAUCUGUUUAAGUUAGCUGUUUUGAAAACGCAACGUAUAAAGACCUAUACGCACUGUAAUAAAACAAGCAAAGCGAAGAUAUAAAUUGGUACGAUGAUAUCUUACGUAAGAGAUUUUUUCAUUUUCCUUCUCCUUUCUGCCAGCUCUAAGCAAAAAUGCCAGAAUAAUAAUACAGAUGAAAACUGUACAUUGGAUAUUCUACGUUGCACAGAAAAUAUUACAAUACCACAAACAAAUUAUUCCUGUGUUCUGUCUAAUAAAGAUUUUACUGGAUGCAAAGACUUGAAAAUGAAACACACAUAUACAUCUCAAGUACAAAUAUGUGAUAAUGGCGAAAUUGAUGAAGAGAAAGUCCAACGUAUCUGUGGAGAUGUAUUUCGACAAAAAGAAAAAUGUCUUGUUACUGUGAAGACUUUAGAUUUGUCAAACAAUAAACUUUCAUUACAAAACUGUGAGAUGUUUAAUGGACUAACCGAACUGGAAAAUCUCAACUUAGCUGGAAACGAUUUAAAAGAAAUUCCAACAGACUGUUUUAAAAGUUUGACCAAUUUGAAACACCUAGAUUUGUCAAACAAUAAACUUUCAUUACAAAACUGUGAGAUGUUUAAUGGGCUAAUCGAACUGGAAAAUCUCAACUUAGCUGGAAACAGUUUAAAUAAAAUUCCAACAGACUGUUUUAAAAGUUUGACCAAUUUGAAACACCUUGACUUGUCACACAACAACAUUGCGGAAAUUCCCAAGGGAUGUUUUAAAACUCUUAACAAAUUAAGAAAUCUCAAUAUUUCUCACAAUAAAAUAAAGAAAAUUGAUCGUCACACAUUUGAUGGACUAUGUAGUUUAGAAAUGUUAUCAUUCAAUAGCAAUAAAGCAAAAGUCCGACCUCGUGAUAUUUUUACUUUAAGAAAUUUAAAGUUUGUUGAAAUAUCUUGUGAAAAUUGCUGCCCCUUUCUUUGUUUGAAUAAUAGUAUAACAUGUAACUGCAAUGGAGACCCGAGAAAGAAAUGCCCACGGAGGCUGUUGCAUAAAGAAGGUUAUCGUGUGUUUGUGUGGAUUGCCGUUGUUCUCAUUUUUGUUGGCAAUAUUUUUGCUCUGAUAAUGAGGCUUCUUUUUGCCGAGUUACAUACAGUACAAAAUCUUUUUAUUUGCAAUUUAUGCUUGAGUCAUAUGUUGAUGGGAGUGUAUUUGGUUGGAAUAAUGUACAAAGAUCUGGCAACAUACGGUGAAUACCUUCCUCAUAAAUGUCUAUGGCCAAAGGAAACGACAUGUAAAGUUCUUGGAGCUAUCUCGAUUAUUUCAAGCGAGGUUUCGGUGUUUACACUAAUCUUUAUUGCAUACGACAGAUUUUUGUAUGUUGUUCAUGGUUUACAUCAUAAAAAGAUCCGAUACCGUACAGCAUUGGUACUUUUAUUGUUUACAUGGCUAAUAUCUGCUGCUGUUGGUGUUUUGUCUAUUUGUCUUCCUAAUUACAUACCCCAGUGUCAAGGAAGGAAACUUGAUUACCAGUAUUUCCGGAAGACAUGUAUACCAGUGGAGUUCAAAGAGAAAAACACUGUUUUUUGGUAUUACAGUAUUGCAAUAUUUGGCGUUAUCAACCCUGCAGCAGCUGUGUGUCUGAUCAUCCUCUACAUGAGAAUAUUCUUUUCGUUUUACAUGACAUCAAGAGAUGCAGAAAAUCGAACGUAUGACCAUCGCGUUAUGGCAAAAAGAUUUGCUGCAGUUGUUUUCACAGAUGUCUGCUGCUGGAUUCCCGUCUCAACACUUUUUUUUAUAGAUCACGAUGAAAAUCAUCUUGUUUACAAAUUAUUUAUUUUUGUUGUGACCAUUAACUCGGCCAUCAAUCCGUUCCUCUAUACAUUAAGUGCUCCCACGUUUUGGAAUGUAGUGAAGAAAUUCUUUCUCAGAAUUUUCAAUAAAUGGAAGUAAUAAUGGUUGUGACAAAAUGCUAUGGAUUUAUGAAUAUACUUAAUUAUUAAGUUGUUUUCGUCAAUGGAAAUUCUUAUCAUAAAUUAAGCACAUUUCACUCCUCUAUUUUCAAGUAGAUCAGCUCGAUUUGACUGAUCUAGCACUACAUAAUAAUCACAGUUAGUAAACUGCUAAAUGUAAAGUCGCACUUGUAGCUAAAUUAACAAUUGAAAUUGGAGGUGGAAUUUUGAACAACUGUGUAACUGUAUUGAUAUUCCUAUAGCCAUGGAUAAAUAAACUCAUGUGUGUAUUUCACAAUAUGAUCACAA